AAAAAAAAAAAUUGUUAUUUCUCUUUACUACUAGUAUGUAUAAGCAAGUUGAAAUCGUGUAAAAGUAUGCUCUCUUUUCUUUUAUCGCGAAAUUAAAUUUUUUGCAUGCACUUUAUUUAUCAUAAUAAAUUUUAAAAAACGCGAUUUCUCCUGUAUUAUUAUUGCCAAAUAAUAUGUGGUGUCUGAAAGUGAAAACAAUUAGUUUCCAUAUCUUCUGCAUUUUGUUGAUGGGAUUUAGUGCUGCUCUUUCUGACUUGCACCCUGCAUGCAUAGAUUCCAGCUCUACUAGUAAUAUAUAUCCUCAAUCAACUCCAUAUGGUAAUUUAAGUGCAGGCACAUAUAAGAAAAUAAGUGAUGCUGUAACUUUCUCUGACUGUGUGCAAGCAUGUUGUGAAGAUAAUAAUUGCAAUAUAGCUUUUCUUUUCCAUGCUGUUUGCUAUACAAUUCGUUGUCAUAGUUACAAGCAAUGCAAACCACUUAAGAGAAAAGGAAAGAAAUUUCAAAACUCUCUUAUGGUGAUUGUUCGUAUGCCAGGUGAAAAGUAUGUAUUUGGAAGUGAUUUUGCUGAUGAUGAUAAUGAAAAAUCGUUAUUCCAAGAGGAUUAUGGCGAUUUUGUUGCGGAUGAUGAUCUUAAAGAAACUGGACAGUCGUUACUAGAUGCAAGUGCUGCUGAGUUUUUCACACCUCCACCCAAAGCUUGUCUUUAUGGAGUCCCGAAUGAAUGUUUGCAACAUGAAGAAUGUGUUCCAAAAAACAACCGAGCUCGUAGUGGGAUUUGUCAUUGUGAAGAAGGUUAUGAACGUGAUAUACAAGGCAUUUGUAAAAGAAGACAUGCAAUUACAAGCUUCUCGGUUUCUCCACCUACUGUUUUAAAUCAAGCUUCUCCUUUGGGAAAAAACCUUACUGAAAAAUUACUAUCUACAACAUCCUCUCCUUUUCAUCAACUUGUUGUUUCUGCUGGCGAUAAUGUUACAUUACAGUUACCAGAGAAUGAAGUCACGCUUUCAGCAUAUGCCUUAAAGCAACCUGAAGGGAAAAGUGAAAAUUAUAAAUAUGAAUGGACCCUCAUAUCUCAUCCAGAAGGUGAUGAAACUGGCACAAUGCAAGAUCAAAAUACAAAGAAUCUGAAACUCUCAAAGUUAAGGGCAGGAUUGUACACAUUUAAAGUUUCUGUAACAUCAGGAAAUGCUUUUGGUGAAGCCAUGGUUAAUGUUACUGUUUUACCUCCUGAAAGAGAAAAUAAACCUCCUGUUGCUAUUAUUCAGCCAUCGAAUGUCACUAUAAAACUUCCAAAUAAAGAUACCGUUCUUGACGGCUCAUUUAGUACUGAUGAUGAUAAAAUUGUAAGAUAUCAGUGGGAAGUUUUAGAAAUGCCCAUAGGGUAUACUGUGAACCUUAAUGAAACGCCAACUUUACAGUUGAAAAAUUUGAUUCCUGGUCUUUAUCGUUUUAAAUUGAAUGUAACCGAUUCCAAAGGGGCUUGGAAUUUUACUUUUGCUAAUGUGACUGUUCAAAAGGAAACUGACUACCCACCUACAGCUAAUGCAAAAUCGGAAGUUGUUAUUUAUUUGCCACAAAAUGAAGUGACUUUAAAUGGGAAUCUUAGUACAGAUGAUAAAGGUAUAAAAAGUUGGGAAUGGAAGAAAAGUCCUGACACAGAUAAAGCUGUUGAUAUGGAAGGAACAAAUGGACCAUAUUUACAUCUUUCUCAGCUUGAAGUAGGUGUUUACAAAUUUAUCUUGAAAGUGACUGACACGGCUGAUCAAACAUCUACUACUGAGGUUCAUUUGUUCGUUAAACCUGAAAGUAAUACUCCACCUGUAGCCAAUGCUGGGAAAGAUCAAAAAAUUACGUUACCACUUCAAGGUCCUGUAAUUUUAAAUGGCACUGCUAGCAAAGACAAUAUUAAAAUCACCCAGUGGAAAUGGGAACAAAUCUCUGGACCAAAACCAGCAGUUCUUGUGGAUGCUAAUACUGCAGUGGCUGAAAUAACUGGACUAAUACCUGGGGUUUAUCAGUUUUUACUGACAGUUUAUGAUGAAAAAAAUGCCCAUUCAUCUGCUACGGUUAAUGUUACUGUCAUUCAAACUGAAAAUUUGGCUCCUAGAGCUAAUGCUGGUGGUGAUAAAACAAUAUUCUUACCUUGUGACGUGAUUGUAAUGAAUGGAAGCUUAUCAUCUGACGAUGUAGGUAUUGUGAAGUACCAAUGGACAAGAGAUCCUGCAUCACUUGCAGCUGGAUCUAUUAUUGAAAAUUCAGAUGAGACUUCUGUAUUGAAACUUACUGGUCUUGUGUCAGGACGUUAUUUGUUCCGCCUUACUGUGUUUGAUCUGCAAGGUGCAUCUUCUUCUGACACUGCUUCUUUGAUUGUUAAGCCACCCAAAGAUAUUAUUGAUCAAAUUGAAAUUGUGGUUAAUGCAGAUAUAAAAAGCUUCACUCAAGAGCAAGAGGAUACUCUGCUAAGACAGCUAGAAAUUCUUUUACAUGAAGCUGAGCCAGUUAAAGUAAAUUUAAUGAAGUUAGAUUCUGAUCGCCAUACAAGAAGGGUAGUUCUAGUAUUUACUGUUGAAAGAACUUCAAGUUUGAAUGGAGGUCUUAUACCUGGUGUAGAUGUUCUCUCUCGCCUGAAGAAAAAACUUCGCACUGACAGUUCGUUGUUAGAUGUGCAAGUUCUUUCUGUUGAUACAGUUGUUUGUCAGAAUAAAUGCUCUGGACAUGGUAUUUGUGACCCUUAUACAAAACAUUGUGUCUGUGAAGCCUUUUGGAUGCAAGAUAUUUUUCGAUACAACUUUGGCGAUAAAGAGAGCAAUUGCGACUGGAGCAUUCUGUAUGUUAUUAUUGUGUCAUUUACCAUUGUGGUGGCAUUAGCUGGAGUACUAUGGAGUAUAGCUUGCUGUUUUUCAAGAAUGAGAUUUAGUAAGCCGAAAAAGCGCCAUCGAUAUACUUUGUUGGAUGAUUUUAAUGAAAGAGAAAGAGAAAGAGAAAAGUUUUUCCCUCAUAGUAAGACACAAAAAAAUAGCUUAAUGAUAUCGGAUUCAGAAUCAGAUGCUAUUUUUGAAUCACCUCUGACUGUAAAGACAAAUGGUUUGUGCAAUGGAAGCAGCAGGGAUACUCGUAAUAUUCAUGCAUGAAAAAUCUGUAUGUAUUUCGUCUACCAGUAAAAAAUCACAGAAAAUUUGACAUAAUUGAAAUGUGUGUUGCGUCAUUUGAACAUGUCUGUUGCAGUUCCUCAUAUUCAAAUCUUUGUAAAAAUUAGCUAGAGAUUUGGAUAUGAAAACGAAAUGUAUAUUUAAUAUUUUACAAAAUGCAUAUUUAUCUGUGAUAACACUUAGGAAUAUGUGUUAUGCAUGCUUUUCUUGUUUUAGUUUUCCUUCAUUUAAUUUCUUUGAUAUAUAAGUACCAUGAUAUCUAAAAUUACAGCUUCACUUUCAGAUCUUUCUGCUUCUGUUGAGAAUAAAACUUGCAUCGCAGAUUUACAAAGAAUUUUUGUAUGGGAAAUAUAAAAUGCACUAUUAUAUAAUAAUUUAUGUGCAUUUUUAAAUUAUCUAAAUUGAUUUCAUCGUUAAAAGUAAUAUUUUACAAUUUAUGUGAAGUUAUUGGAGCACUAAGUUGCAAUUUGCUACUUAUAGAAAUCCUAUCUUUUUUAUAUAUAUUGAAAAUGUAUAAUGAAUAUAAAUUUUCUUUGUAUUUAUUUUAUUUAACUAAUAUUUAACUAUGAUGUAGUGGAUCGAGGUCACAUUUUCAUAUAUUUAAAAAAUAAUGACAUGUUGUUUUCAAAUGAAACUUUAAAUGCCCAUUGUGUAUAUAUCCAAACUUAUUGAUUCGUGUAAUCGUUCCAAGGUGCACUGAUAUAAAUACUCAUUUUUCUGUGAAUAAGUUCAUAUUUUUCUUUAUUUAUUGGCACGUAUAACUAUGCAUGUCUGCAAGUGCAUAAUCAUUUUGAUCAUAAGGUAAAGGUUAUAGGCAGUUACGUUGUUUGAUUUCUUAUUCCAGCAAACUCUGAAAUAUCUUCGUUCUAUAUUUAACACUCACGCUAACAAUCUAACAUCACUAAUCGAAACAUACUAGUUUAUACCAAUAUUCUUGAAUGCCUAGGUCCAGAAAAAUUACAAAAUUUCAGUUUUAAGCAAUAUUCAUGCCAUUUUAAAGUAUUUCAGAUUCUAUCGACUUGAUUGAAAGGAUAUAGUUAAACUUUGAAUUCUAAUGUCUGUACGACUGAUUUAUUCAUAUAUUCAAUGUAAUCAGUAAUUAUGUUUUUUUGUUUAGUUUAGCUUUAAGCUUUCAUUUCAAAAAAGGUUUUAUUUUAAUUACUAUGCAAAGAUUAAUUUCUACAGUAUUAUUUUUACACGGUUUUUCUUUCAUUUCAUUUCUUAAAAAUUAUCCUCUGUCUGGGUUUUUUUUAAUUGUGUAGAAAUAUUUUCCAAUAAUGAAAUUACCGAUAAAGAGUUAAUUUGAUUGUGCACUUUUUUAUAUUAAAUAUAUUUACUUAAAAAAAAUUUGGAUUUUUUUAAAUAUUAAAAAUAAAGCAUUUGCUUUUUUUUUUUUUUACAUUAAAACUCUAUUUUCUACUAAAGACUCAUUUCUAACCCUUAUCUCCGUGUAAAUUAUAAAAAAUUAAAAAUUGUUUGCGCAAUUUUAAUUUUUUUUAAUGAUUAUCCCUUUGAAAAAACAACUUUCGUGUACCAAAUAUUUUUCUGAAAAAGAAAAAAAAAACAUUUAAUUACUGAUAUCGAUUUCAAUACCGAAUACCGGUAUUUUGAGCCAUUUGUACAAUUUUGUGAUACCGGUAUUCACAAGUUUAAAUACCGGUGGGUUUUUUUUUUCGGUAUUUAUUAGAAAUUUUGAAAUAAAUUGUUUAAAAUAAUCUUACUGAUUCACAAAGUAUUAAUUAGAAUUUUAGUUAGCCAUUCUGAAAAAUUUGCUUUUCUAGUUGUGCCCAGAAACGGAUUAAGUAAAAUUUAUUAAGUUUAAUCCAUCUGAGUAUUCAGAAGAAAAGAGUUCUUGAGACAAGUAGAUUUUGAAGCAGAUUUUUAUGUAUAGGUAAAAACAUUUUAUUAUGAAAUAGUACAUAAAGUUUUGAAUGUAAUUCUUCUUUAUUAUCUUUUAAUGUAUGUCAUUUAGAGAAGAUAGAAGGUUAUAAGUGACUUUUAUAAUAUUUAUGUUUAUAUCACCUCUUUAAAUAGAAAAUUGUUAUUUGUGAAAUAAUGUUUCAAAAAUUUAUAUUUUUAUGAAAUGAUUUUUUAACUAUUAAAAACAAAGGCAAUAAAUAUCCAAACUUUUAAGGAUAUUGCUGUCUUUGGUAUAUCUAUAUGUAUCUUACAUACAGAUGCAUUCUUAAGUUUUAUUUAUAGUUUUUUACUUCAUUGAAUAUAUUUGGUUAAUAAAUAUUUCUUCUACGUUGCCCAUCUCAUUCAUUUUAUUAUAUUUGAUCAGAAAAAGUCACAUUUAAGUUUUUGAUCGGUAAGCUAGUUGCUUGUUACGAAUAUUGGUUGGAAAUUCAGUAAAUACUUGUAUUUAGGAUUUAAAAGUAUGAAUGAAGAAUAAGCGAAAGGAGAUGUUGGUAAUGACACUAUUGAAUUCCAAAAACAUUUUCUUGCCAAUAAAAAAAAGUAGUCAAAUAAGGAAAUAUCUUUAAAAAGACAAAUCGCUUGAAAAUGCUAAUAUUUUUAAAACAAUAAAAAAUAUAUUGUGAAUGCAGUACUUUUAUUUUGAUUUUUGUUAUAAAAUCUAUCUUGUUUUUAAUUAAGUAAAAGAAGUUUAUGUAAAUAAGUUUGUACAAAAAUGUAUAACUGAAAACUAACCUGCUCUUAUAUAUUGCUGAAAUUGCAGUUAAACUGUAAAUUAUACCACCAUUCUGCAUUAGUAGUAAUUAUUUUUCAUAUUAAAUGUUGUAUUUAUGGUUCUCUUAUCUGAUUGGCGAAUU